UAAAACUUUCUUCCCCCGCGAGAUCAGUCCUUCAGAAUAUAAAUCCCGGUGACUCACUCUCGUUUCCCCUCUUUCUUACUCCGCAGGGAAAACUCCUCGGCUUCCCUCCAAACGUAGCUCAAAAUUCAAAGAUCAAAGAAGCAGCGAUAGGGUUGAAUUGUUCUGGUUCUUGUGAGCCAUGAAUGCUCGAAGGGACUACCGUGGCAACAAAGUUGCUCUUUUUGAUGGCAUUGAGGAGGGUGGCAUCAGGGCCUCGGCUUCCUACUCCCAUGAAAUUGAUGAACAUGAUAAUGAAAGAGCAGUGGAUGGAUUGCAAGAUAGAGUCAAUUUGCUGAAGAGAUUGUCUGGUGAUAUACAUGAGGAGGUGGAGAGUCAUAAUCACAUGUUGGACAGAAUGGGAAACGAUAUGGAUUCAUCAAGGGGAGUGCUAUCUGGUACAAUGGACAAGUUUAAGAUGGUUUUCGAGACGAAGUCAAGCCAGAGAAUGUUUACACUAGUGGCAUCUUUUGUGGUCAUUUUCCUAGUUAUAUACUAUCUCACUAGGUAACUGAUCCACGAUGGAUUGGAUACAGCCACUAGUUUUAAGUUGAUAUGGAAGACCUUGCUCUUGACUGUAAUCAAUGUUUACCUUGUGCUUGUAAGAUAUUCUGGUAUGUUUAUAUUUAAAUGUAUGAAAUAGAGGAGUUAAAUACCUGAACCGCCUUAUCAACCCCCACCCCAAGCCAAAGCCAAGCCAGAAGUUAUUGUUUUUCUGAGUUACAUUUAACUGCAGAGGUAAACGAAGCUUGUAAUUUAGGCACAAAAUUGAGGUUGAAACAAUUGUUUUGAAACCUAGCUUUA